AUUCGUGCUUGGCCCUACUUUUCCAAGAUAUCGAAUUUUCAAGGCUAACUUUCCAAGUACCAGUUAGUUCCGUUAUCCUUAUAAUAUGCGUUUGUCUCGUCUGACGGUAUAUAAGACACGGCUGUGAGAUAGUUGUGAUACACCAGGUUGACGGAAUACCUCUUACUACUACGUUUAAGCAGGUAUGAACGUAAAAACUAAAUUACACCGGUCUCAGAAGUAGAAGCUUAGAAUAUACUAGGGCUUGAUACUUGAUAAUACUGUAACUGUAAUAAUAGUCGUAGUUAACUCUGAAUGAAAUGCGACCAAAUGAAGUACCACAAAAGCAAAACUUCAAACAAACGUAUACUAGUUAAUAAUAUUUAUUAUUUAAUAAAAGUUAAACAAUUUAGUUUCACCAUAUUCCUGAUAAAUAUUUAGUAUUUUGUUUGUUAUUUCUAAUUAUGCUUAUCCAGCAUGCAGUACCAAGACCAAGUGUACCUAUUUUUGUUUAUUUUAAAAAUGCAUUGUCAUGAUGAUGAAGAUGGAUGAUGAUUUGAUUCACUCAUAGUAAUCAUACUCAUAAUCUUCAUAGUAAUCAUAGUCACAUACAGUCAGGCAGGAUGGCAUAGGCAUAAUCAUAAUAUUAAUAUAUCAUACUAAUCAUACUCAUACAUUAUUAUUAAAAUUAAAUAUGCAAUUCUAAUACUAAUACUAUACUAUAGACUAUAGACUAUAGUUAAUUGUUGCUUUUAUAAGUUAUUAUAUAAUUAUAUGGGCCUACACCCCUACAACAAUAAUAUAUAUUGCCAAUAUUGGAUCAAAUAUUUGUAACUCAUAUUAAUUGGGACCAGUGGCGUAGCUAGGGUUGGUGUCACCCGGUGCGGUAAACUCAUGGAGUCACAACCCCCCCUCCCCCCCCCCCUCUUUUAAUAAAGCACGCAUUUGGAUUGGUUAAAUUUGUGAAAAAUAUAUGUGUGAUCGGUUAUUCUUUUAUGAAUCUCGAUUUUUGCGAGCAAUGUGUGCCCUGUAAAUAUGCAAUUUUUCAAUCGGGUGUCACCCCUAAAAUGGUGCACCUGCCUUGCUAUGCCACUGAUUGGGACCUAUAAAAUAUCGAAGUGGAUGCGUACACCGCGGCGGUGUACCUAGCGAAAACAUUGGCUUUGGCCUGCGUACACCGCGGCGGUGUGCCUAGCUAAAUCGUGGGCUUUGGCCUGGGUACACCGUGGCAAAAAUGUACCAUUGGCCUGGUUUUAACAUAUUCUUAUAAUAGAAGAUCUUGUGUGGUCAAGUGGUAGAGUGGACGCCUGGCUAUAUUAUAUUUUGAGAUCAAUUCCCAGUGGAGGAUUGAGUUUUUUCCUUCCCAUUUUAAUUUAAAAUAUGUUAUUUUUACAUUAUCAUGUUCAUUUGCAACAGUAGUUUCAUGAGAAGUUUUUAAAUAUUAUGUAGCAAUUUAAACAAUUUAAAUAUAUGUUAUAUUCAGAUUAUUAAGUGUUUCAACAACUUGUGCCAGCCUUUGAUUUUGAAAAUACCGAUAAUUUUAGUAAUAAGACAUUAGAAAACAAACUGAAAGUUUCUGAAAGCUCAUGUAUAGUGUAUGUAACAUGUAUAAGAAAAACACUUUGAAUACUAAGUGAGAUUCUAUUGUACUUCAAUAUUCUUCGUGUAGUUGAAUAUUUACAUAUUACUUUUACGAAUACGCAAAGAAAAUACCAGUAUAUUACUAAUAUCAUAUGAAUAUUAAUGUAAUUGUAAUUGAUGUGCAUGGUCGUAUUUCAACCAUCUUGCUUUCACUACACCCUAUGCAUUGACAAAAUGUACACACGAUAUCAACGGUUCAUUCACAGCCCUGAGUCUCACAGUAAAUCUUUUGAAAACACCUAGAUUUUAGAAACUUACGGAGCGGUAGCAAACUGUAUAGCAAAGCCAUAAGUCUGCGUUUACCCUUUUCAUGACGGAAUUUGUUUUCAGAAUGGCAUGGCAUGUGCUAUUCUCAGGGUAAAACACAAUGUUUUCUCACAGAAACCAUUGCACAAUGCGCUUGGGAAAGGAUUAGCUCUAUGUCAAAGUUUUUUUAUUUUUUGUUUUUUGCUAAGAAAUCGAUCCUUGCCCGUGGGGGGGGGGGGGGGCGGGGGGGGGGGAGGUGAGUUAUGGGCAGAGGCUUAACCAAAAAGGGAGCCUACUCAAAUCACAACUCUGGAUAGGGGUUGUCCACAAAGGACGUCCGCACAAAAAACUUACCUUUUGCACAGACCCCCCCCCUUCCGCCGGUCUUUUUUACUAAUGUGUAAAGCAAAUGUAAAACUAAAUCAAUGAUAUUUAAUUAUUGUUGAUAUACUUUUAAAAAUCACUGUAGUGUUCAAUAUCUUCCUCUCAAGGUACUAAACGAAUUGUACCGGGUAAAUAAAUAGUUUUCAGUUUUAACAAGAGUAUAACAUUAAAUCUACAAGUACCGGUUAGGCCAAAAAGUUAAAGACUCGCAAAGACCAUGGUUUUGUUACUUUAAAUCGCUGCGGUGUUCGCAGGCCACAGACCAUGAUUUAGCUAGGUACACCGCCGCGGUGUACGCAGGCCAAAGUCAAUAGUUUCGCUAGGUACACCGCGGCGGUGUACGUAGUGCCGGCCAUAAAAUAUAAAUUUUGCAAUAGAAAAAUUAAAUCUGCUUUGCCUCAGCCUCAAACAGCAUUAGCAUUGCUUUACUAUUUUUAAUUUAUAUUUAUUUACCUGACUGACAAAAUGUUUAUAAUUCUUUCAAACCCUGUUAUUUUCACUAUAACUUUCCCUAGCGGAGGCUAAUAAGUAUUAUUUAGUUACAGUACAGAGUUCUUAGAGUAGAGAGGCUUGUUGUCACUAAAAUAAGUACCAGGUUGCAGUCGCUAAAAGCUACUAUUAAUAACACUAUACUAAUGGCAAUGGAGUAUAACAUGAAUAUUAUCAAUGAUAAUCCUGUAUUUAAAUUUAAUAUUAAUUUUAUUUUGGUCUAGCUGUAAAUGUAAAUUUGAUUACUUUUAACCCUUUUGUUACCGAUGACGUCGAUGCGACAUCACAAUCACCCACUUUCAAUUACCAAGGAUGUCACAUUAACAUCAUAUCAAGAGGCAAAGACUUUUUCUGAAAUACCAAGGACGUCACGUCGACGUCAUAAUUCAAUGCUAUAUAUUUCUUUAUUCAUUAAUCGAUAGAGAAGUUAAUAAGCAAAUCAGAUAGAGAAUGAAAAAUAUUGAAAGUUUCUUAAAAGUUUUUUAUUGCUGAGUCAGCAAAAAUUGGUGCCAAACCAGGGGUAAUGAAAGAGUUAAAAUUUUUUUUAAUGAUUUGUAUUAAUUAUUAAUAGAUUAAUAUAACGUUAUGAAUGGCAAGUUAUGACUUACUGUUAGUCAGUCUUAUUUCAUUGGUGACUCUAGGGAUAUACACUAAUUGCUAUACACCAGUACUUGGGCCAGUAGACUUGGGCGUGGCAAGUUAUAUGUGAAUGUGAUUUGCUAACCUCAAGAGCCAAGACAUUGUCAUUGAUAAUAUCUUGGAUUAAAAUUAAAUAAAGUAUUAAUUUUUUGUGCCUUUUAUUUUUAUAACAGAUUGCUGUUUUAACAACCAAUUUAUAAUACAAUGCCAUCUCAACUUGGAUACUGGGCCAUUAGAGGUGUAAGUUUUUAAAUGUUGAAAAACGAGCAACAAAUUUCUUUUAACCAAGCUUUAUAUUAUUCUUUCCAUGCUAUUUUUAAUGUUACCAUCUAGAACUAGAAGUAGAAUCAUGUCAUAAUUAUUAAUUAAUAAUACUAUAUAUUUUUAUGGUUUUAAUAAAUAGUAAUUUUUACAUAUUUGAAAUGUCAAAAACAUAUUUCUCUAAUAGAGAAUGAUACUCUGUCCACUGUUUGUUUUUGUGUACCUCAUUUGGAGUCCUUGGCUAAAACAUCAUUUUUAAUAGGUGUCUACAAUUUUUAGCUUUAGUUACAGUUAUGACAUUAAAUAAUUCAUAAUUUAAAAGUAAAUUGACAAAAAUCUGUUUUUUUAAGUGCUUUCUUUUAUCCAUUUAAAAACAUUUUUUAAUGUAUGGGCAUGGGUGUCGCACAUCGCAUUUUUCGUCUAUUAAACGGGGGUUUAUCUCAAAAGAAGGUGGGAACCUGUGACUUAGCUAGUAAAGAUGGGAAUUGAACCCUCUUUUUGAAAUUUAAUUUGGUUUAGGUUUGGCCAUCAGCAGGGUUCAGUUCCUGUACGGUAACACUUAAAGCUUGGGUUCGGCAACCACUGGAGUUUAGUAUUUUGAAAUUAAUUGGUUUUAAUUUAAAUAAAUCUAUAUUAAAUUUAAAAUGAAAAUAAGGGUUUAUAUGGAAAUUCACACAAAAAAUAUGAAAAUAAAUUUUCAUAAGCUGAGAUUUAUAUAGCAAUAAAUAAAGCAGUUAUGUUGCUAAAAUUCAAUAAUAAUAAAGAAACAUACAUUUAUAUUGGGUUUUAUACUUCUUGAAAGGAAAGAUUUAAUAGUUUAUUAUUAAAUAUCAAUCCUUUCAACAGCACACGCUAAAACAAACAAUUUCGAUCCUGUCUUUUUUCACUUUUGAUCUAUUGGGGUGCAGUGGGGUUUGUUAAUUGUAAUAUCUUGUAGGCAUAGCCACAAUAAAAUCUCUGCAGUUGGUAAAAAAAAAUGCCUGUCUAUAUAAGGAAAUAAGUGUAGCAUGAGGUACCCCCCCUAUGCCACUGCUUUUAGGAUCAUCAUACUACUGCAGUGUUUAGUUCUCUCUCCAUCUAGAAAACCUCACAUUAUCUAGGUGUUGUCAUCUGUUGAAAAUUUGUUUGAUGGAUACAUAAAUAGGCCUGGAUCUAAUUUGAGCUAGUUUCUCUCACUGGGUGAAAAAUAGUUGGCCACAUAGUGUUGUUGUUUGAGUUGUCAGAAAUUAAUACAAAAUCAAGCCUAUGAGUGAAAGGGUGUUGGCAGGGGAGGAGUUGAGUAGGGAAUGAUUUAACAAUAAUCAAAAUAUUGUUUUGCAAUUGGAUUUUCUAAUUAUAAGCAUUUCCGUCUUAAGUAGUGAUGCGCCACGUUCCUAAAACAGUGUUAGUUCUAAUAAGUUUGGGAUAGAAUGUUAUAGUUGAUUUAGUACUCGGUAACAUUUAAGUUUGGUUAUUUGCAGGGUUUUGGUUUGAUUGUCAGCUGGGUUCAAGUUCGAUGUGUUUGAUUCUAUUCCCAUCUCUAUUAGCUAGUAUAAUAUCAAUAGAAAAUAUUUAUUUUAAACCUCUCUACAUUUUAUGUACACAAAGAUAUGAUUGAAUCAUUUUAAAACCCUUUCCAGCUUGCUCAACCCAUUCGACUCCUUUUAAACUAUGUUGGUGAAGAAUUUGUGGAUAACCGUUACAUGCAGGGUGAUGGUAAGAUGAUCAAACUAUACUCAAACUAUAUUGGUUAAUUAUCCUUUUGGUGUAUAAGUAGUAUAAGCCCUAAAUUGGUUGCCUUUUUAUUCUUUAUCUUUUUUUUAACUUUAAAGUGUAAAAUUGUGAAUAGAAAAAGAUAUAACUAACUCAUUUAUUUACUAUUAUAAACAAUACAAUAUUUAAAAAAUAUUCAUUUUACUGAAAAUUAAAUUGUAUAUAUGGAAAAUUUUUUACAGUACUAGACUUUAUCAAAUCUUUUAAACCAUUUUUUUUGCUGUAAAGAAAAUAAUUAAGCUUGUUGAAUAUGUCUAUUAAAAAAGCAACUAUUUGUGUAGACUUAUUAAAAUAAUAAACAUUAAUGAUAAGUUUUUAUCAACAGGGCCAGAAUACAGUAGAGCAGAAUGGGAAAAGGUUAAAUUUACGCUUGGACUAGAUUUCCCCAAUGUACGUUUACUUUGAUAAUCAAAUUUAAAAAUGCAUGCCUAAUUAUUCAUAUUAAAUUACAUUUAAUUUUUUUUAAUGUUAUUCUUAAGCUUAUUAAAAUGUGGUUAUAUUCUUCCUACAAUGGUUCUGUUUCAAUUGACAGCUUCCCUACUACAUUGAUGGUGACAUUAAACUAACUCAGUCAAACACCAUCCUGCGUCACCUUGCCCGCAAACAUAAUCUCUGUAAGUAGUCAGUUAAUAUGCUACUUCUGACCAGAAUAUUGGUGGAAACUAGGGAAUUAAGUUUUAUCUAAAUGAAUAAAAAAUCCAAUAUACUUAUGGAUGCUGGUAAAGUUUAAAAGUAAAAUGUCUUUACUAAUAAAAAGGGUACAUAGUUAGCUAUAAAAAAAACAUUUUGUCUUAAUAUUCUGAGGAUCAAAUAUUUUAUUAAUCAUUUCCCAUUAGGAAAAUAAAACCUGUUAAAUUUAACAUUUUCCAGGCUUGCAGUAAAUAGUAAAGAUCAACAAAAUCUUGUUAAGUGAAGUGAAGUUUUUUGCUUGUGUAAUAUUUGAUAAUUAUUGGUUAAAACUACCCUGUCAGAUGGAGAGACAGCAAAAGAAAAAGCCCAUGUUGAUCUGAUGCUUGAUGUUAUAAUGGAUCUUCGCAAUGCCUUUGUUAGACUUUGCUAUGGCAAUGAAUGGGUAAGUAACCUAUAAUUUUAUAUUAAAGCGUUGUCAUUAAAAAAUAUACAAUUUAAAAAAAAUACUUGUGGGAUUAAGACAACAUGUAUUUUAAAAAGUGAAGUAGUUUAUUUUGAUUGAGAAUUUAUACACUUGUUUUUAAUAAUACUGAAGAGUAGAUCAAAUUGUCAUUAAAGGCUUUGCAUAUAAUGAUUAAUGUGUGCAAAUGAGAAUUAAAGGAAGAUUGUUUCUAUAAAAAAGAUAAGAGAGAACAUUUUUUUGGACCACAACGUUUAUCUAACUUAACAAGUUUCUAUAUUUAAUUUAUAUUAAUUUUAUUAACAGAAUGACAGCAUCCGUGGGCAGUAUAUUGAACAGACUAAACCAACACUUGAAUCUUUGGAAAAAUACUUGGGCAACAAAAAGUUUUUUGUUGGAGACAAGGUAAUUUAAAAUUUAAUCGAAAGCAUAGUAAUAGUAGUAGUUCAAAAGCAUUCCCAUUUCAUUGCAAAAAUUAUUGGUAAUUUAAAAUUUGUUAAAUGAAUAAAAUCUUGCAGCAAUUUCAAUUUAGUUUAGCUUAGCUUUUUAUUUAGUAAAGCAUAUAAAUAACAAAUUUUACCAAAACUGUUAGUUUCUGUCUUUUGAGAAAACAUUAAAACUCUUCUUCAACAUUUUUUUUCUAAGGAUGACAUACACAUAGUCCUUGCUUAUUAAAUUUUAUUUUCAUGGAUAUAUACUUAAAACUUUUAUAAAUAAUUUAAAUUAUUCAAUCACAAAUGGAUAUAUACUUAAAAAACUUUUAUAAAUAAUUAAAAUUAUUCAAUCACAAACAUGAUAUGAAAAAUGAAUGUGUAAUAAAAUCUAUUGAAUUAUUUAUUUUCUUUAAACAUAUCUUAUAUCUUUUAGAUCCAGACUGAGGUUGUGUAUGGCUGAUUUUUUUAAAUUAAACAAAAUGUUUUCAAAUUUAAAAGAGCCCUUGACUUAACAUUGAGUGUUUAUUCUAAUCGUAGUUUUUUUGUUUCUGUUACUUGACUUAAAAUUUAUUAUUUUUAGAAUUUUGAUUAACUUGUUUUUUUAAAUUCACAUGCUUUUGGCAUUCUAUAUUUAAAUUAAAUAAAACAUGCAUUCAAAUAAAGAUCUCUUAUACCAAUACAAACUUAUUUGAAGGGAUAAAGCUGUAUCACAUUUUUUAAUUCUAAAUUUAUGUUGAACAUUUUCAAGCUAAACAUACAUCCAUACAAAAAUUAACAAAUAAGUUAAAAUAGUAGCAAUGGCUCCUUUGAUUUUGAGUGAACUUUAACAUUUUCAGUUGUUAAAUUUUGAUGAUAAAUUUUAAUGUGACACAACAUUGAUAUCUCAAACAGGUGUAAAUAUUAGAUUUUUGUGGGGGGAAAAAUGGAUACUUAAAAUAGUAUUUUAUCAAUCUUCCAGCAUUAGCAAAAUCCUUGUUUCAGAUACACACAACUUAAUGCUGUUGCUGAUUUUUUUAAAAAUCUAUUUUUCAGGUGACUGUUUGUGACUUCCACAUUUAUGAAAUGUUGGACCAGCACCGCCUUUUUGAACCCAAAUUGCUUGAAGAUAGGCCCAAACUAUCUGCUUAUUUGGAACGUUUUAGGGAACUGCCAAAAAUUAAGAAAUACCUGGACUCUGACAAAUGUUUAGUGCGUCCAAUCAACAACAAGUCAGCCAAGUUUUUAUAAAUGACAAAAGAGUUUUCCUACUUACAAUUCUAGAACAUGACAUCCUUUUUUUUAUGUGUGUGUAUUUCAGGAAAAAGUUCUCUGAUUCUAAUUAUUACACUGAAGCUAGUCUUGGUUAACUGUCAAGGUCUAUUAAUACCAGUCAUCUGACGGUAUUAAUAGAGGCAAAAUAUUAACUUACACAAUUUAAUUAAUUUUGAAUUUUACCAAUGUGAUGUGCUAUUAGCUUUGCAAUUGUUUCAUAGAGCAUUGUUUCUGGAUUAUUUUUGGUGCCAUGCUUUUUUUUUUUUUUGAAAUGAUGGCAAUAUUUUUCUGCUUUAAAGCAAAAUUUGAAAACAUUUCAUAGUGUUUGGAUUUUAUUUUUAAAAUUCAAUUUGAUAUAUUUUAUCUUUUUAAAAAUAUUUUAAUAUGCUAUUGAUGAUGUGUAAUUUAAACCAUAAUUUUACUUGUAGAGUCACUAUAGGGCAGACAAUUUCAAUGUCACUAAAUGUCACAAUAUCUUAAUAUUAUUUAUUAUUAUGGUUUAUAAGUAUAUUAUCGCUGCCAUCACACUUGCUUAACAGUCUAUGAAAUUUUAAUGAGGCAAUAGGAAACUAAAAUCUUUGAGUCUUUCAUAUUCCAAGAAAAAAGUAAAAUUUCAAGGGAAAUGCUUUGAGGAAUUAUUUGACACUAAAUAGAUUUCUUUUGUGUAACAAUGACAAUUUUAAAAAGUGAUAAUCUUUUGUAUGUUACUUUAAUGAAUAAUCAAUUUAAGUCAUAAACUGGUCUUAAGUAAAAUUGUUGGCAUUUAUCUUUUAAGGGUAUUAUAAUAUAUUUAGAUUAUAUGUUGCUUUUACAUUAACCAUUCCAUUUGUGAGUUAGAUUAUUAACUAUUAAAUGGUUUUAUGGUACACACA